AUGAGGCGUCUACACAUGAGCUUGGAUCUCUACAACGUCCUUCCAGAGGAGAAGGACCUCAACAUCCUGGCAAAUAGAGGUGGAUUUGGUUCUGUGUAUGAGGCGAGACGUUUGGAGGAUGACCUUAAAGUGGCGGUCAAAUAUGUUAAUAAGACCGAAACCUACAGGCCAAGUUUAUACAUUCCUGGAUAUCAGCAACAUGUUCCACUGGAGAUCGCCCUCACAAUCCUGGCUAAUAAAGGCCCCAGAGUGCCAGAGAUCAUCCAGCUGCUGGACUGGAAGGACUACAGUGACCAUUUCGUCAUGAUCCUUGAAUGUCCCUCUCCUUGCGAGACUUUGGAAGACUUUGUGGGGCGUCAGGGUGGACGUCUCAACGAGAGCUUAGCACGGCGAGUCAUGAUGCAGGUGACUAAAGCUGCGAACGUGUGCUGCCAGCGCCAAGUGUUCCACCGUGACAUCAAACUGAGCAACCUUCUCAUCAACAACCAGACACUUGAAGUCAAACUAAUUGACUUUGGGUGUGGGGACAUUCUGAGGACAACUGUCUACAUGUCAUACUCUGGCACAGCAACAUACGUCCCUCCUGAGUUUCACAUAAAGGGAAAGUACCACGGCAAGCCUGCGACGGUUUGGUCACUGGGGGUUCUGUUAUUUAAAAUAGUGGCCGGAUAUUAUCCAAGUUUCUUAGAUCUGCACAUGCUCAAACUGCAUCUCUGGUCCAGAACUGGUCUGUCAAACGAAUGCUGCAGAUUGCUCCGCGCUCUCCUGCAAAUAAAGCCAAAGAACCGAAUUCAGCUGGAGGAAAUCCUUUCCCACAAGUGGUUUACGGCCACCACAUAAGACCACCUCAGAAGUUGUUGUAUCUUCAGCUCUCCAAUGGUUCCUGCAAUAGUUGCAGCAGUAUCAGAGGCCCAGUCUACCACGUCUGUCCCCUGCAGUCCAAAACAUCCCAGAAAAGCUGUUUUAAACUAGAAUAUAUAUUAAGUUAAAAUGUUAUUGUCACCUUAACGUUUUAAUUGAUUAACGGCAACAAUUAUUUUAUCGCGCGUUAACAGUUGUUUGUUAAUAUGAAAGUCCAUUGCUCACUGGCUCUGAAUACACAUACAGUCAAAGCAUGGGUCACAGGAGGAGUGGGAUGUUGAUCAGUACUGACUUGGGAUGGGUGUCAUCACGUGUCUCAACCAAUGAGAGCAUUUGUGGUGGGCCUAAGACUGCAGCAGCUCACAUGAAGUGCUCGGGACUUCAUAAGUGGGAAACCCAAAGUUUCUGUUAACACGUAAAGGCAGCAGAGAUGCGCUCUCGCUCAACACAGUGGAGUGCAUCGAUUUGUUUUGAGUCUUUUGGGAAGCGGUAAAACACGGCCCUCUCACAAUACACAGAAAUCUGCUGAAAUCAUCCGUGAAGCAGUUUUCUGUGUAGCAUCUCUGCACAUCAUCUGUAUAGAAGUUUAAUAUAUUGUGUAUAUUUAAUUUUCUUAU